CUGUCACUCAAUUAACCUAUAACAAUCCUGGAUGGACGUUGGAAUUGCGAGUACAUCUAACACAAACGAUGUGGAGUUUGACGAUGAUUUCAUCCGACAUGCUCGUCACAUGCCGAUCAAUAAAUUAAUUGAAGAGCUGGCAAUGUUGGAACACGACAAUCAUCCACUUUUACAUACUGCUCGCCGGAACUUCGAUAAAGAUAGAAAAGUCCAGAAGGAUCGAAUUGAGUGCCAUCGCGCGAGAGCCGAACUAAAAGCAAAAAAUGAUUUCAAUACAAGAAGUGCCGCAGAUCAAGCAGAAUGCACAUUGCGGUUAACGGAAUUGCUAGACGAAUUCACGAAAAGGAGUGAUGAAAUGGACAAAACAGUUUUGCAUGAAUACGGAGUCAUCGAUAUUCAUAAACAACAGUCAGCUCCGCCUGUGUUCGAGUCCAACAAGAAAACUCUGCGAGGACGUGGAGGAGGACAGCUUGUUGAGCCAGUCACUUACUUCAAUUCAAAUCAGAAUACUCGAAUACCUGAAUUCAAGCUGAAUUUGUCUUUCGAAAAUCCGAGAAUUCGACAAGAGUUGGAUAUUAUUAUGAAUCGGCCGAAUUCGCGUCGAAUCAUUGUCUGUUCGGUAUCGAUUCAGAAACCGAAACUUGUGAUCGAUAACAAGUCAUUCAAACACGGCGAAGAUGUCUAUGCGUAUAACAGAAUAUUUGGAGAAAUGCUCGCAAAACUCGAAAUUGUCACCGAUAAAAUGAUUAACUUGAAAGGGGCUAAUGGUUGGGAUUCUCGGCAAAUAUCAGCGACAGUGGAAGAUUUAGAAGAAGGACGUGUGACAAUCACUAAGCAAAGAGGAAAGGAUAAAGGAUUGUGAUAUUUCACUGUUUUACUCAUUCGCUUUUUAAAUAAGAACUAUAUGCCGAUUUGCCGAUAUAUUUUUGUUUAUUAGGCCUCUCACAUUCCUGUACAAUGUUUCUACCAAAUAAACUGCAUUUUUAUCUG